AUUUUGAUUUUUCUUUCUCAAUAUGAAGAGAGAGUCAAGGAGGCGUCACCUAGUCAAUAUGAACACACACGCUUCUGUUCUGUGUUCUCUCUUCUCCAUUCUCCAUUCUCCAUACAUAUUUAUGUUCCGUUUCUUUCUCUAAAAACCAAACUAAUAAGUAAUAACUAAGACCCCAAAAAUGAAAAAGAAAACUAAUAACUAAGAAGUAAUAACAACUCAGGUUUCGUAUUCAUCAUUUCAUAUCUCUCUUCCCUUCUUUUAUAUUCUCAAGCUCCCGCUUCAUCUCCAUUUCCUCACAAACCCAAUUUCCUGUUCACAAAAAAGAUUGCAACUUUGCUUCCUUUGUUUCAUGGGCUCAUCUUUCGAAUCAUAGAAUUCCGUCAUGGACAAGGAUAAGGACAAGUCGUCCCACAGUUUUCUUCAUAAUCUCAUCAAACACAUUAAAUUGGGUUCCAAUAAAGGGUUGUGUUCUUCUUCUGUGUUGUUUCUUUUUAUCAGAGCGAAGCAAUGAAGCUGAAAUAAAGCAAAUGGCUGCGCAGGAGCAGAAGGUCUUUUCCUAUGAAACGUUAGUUGCAGCUACCAAGAAUUUCAGUGCUCUGAAUAAGCUUGGUGAGGGAGGCUUUGGACCCGUUUAUAAGGGGAAGCUGAGUGAUGGGAGAGAGGUUGCAGUAAAAAAGCUAUCACGCACUUCAAAUCAAGGGAAGAAAGAGUUCAUGAAUGAGGCCAAAUUAUUGGCUCGUGUACAGCACCGGAAUGUGGUGAAUUUGUUGGGCUAUUGUGCCCAUGGCGGAGAGAAGCUUCUUGUCUAUGAGUAUGUUCCUCAUGAGAGCCUUGACAAGCUUCUGUUCAAGGUGCACAAGAGGGGGGAGCUAGAUUGGAAAAGGAGGCUGGGGAUAAUAACAGGGGUGGCAAAGGGGUUGCUUUAUCUUCACGAAGACUGUCACCAUUGCAUCAUCCACCGCGACAUCAAGGCCAGUAACAUCUUGCUCGAUGACAAAUGGCAGCCGAAGAUCGCAGACUUUGGCAUGGCCCGUCUCUUCCCCGAAGAUCAGAGCCAGGUCAAUACUCGUGUCGCUGGAACCAAUGGUUAUAUGGCACCGGAGUACGUAAUGCAUGGACAGCUGUCUGCCAAGGCUGACGUAUUCAGCUAUGGAGUGUUGGUGUUGGAGUUGAUCAGUGGCCAACGAAACUCUAACUUUAAUUUGGAUGUGGAUGCACAGAAUCUACUUGAUUGGGCAUACAAGCUGUACAAGAAGGGGAGGAACCUGGAAAUUGUGGAUUCCGUGUUAGCAUCCACAAUGGAAGCAGAACAAGUAGCAAUGUGCAUUCAGCUUGGUCUGCUAUGUACUCAGGGCGACCCAAAGCUCCGACCCGACAUGAGGCGUGUUGUGGUAAUGCUGUCUAGGAAGCCAGGCCACAUGGAAGAACCUACCAGACCGGGCGUGCCCGGUUCCAGAUACAGGAGACGACCCAGGCAGCAUACUGGAUUGUCCUCCGCCACUCCUGGUACCUCCGGUGCCUCGGAUUCUCAGACUUCUGAUUCAAGUAGCAACACAACCAGUGUUACUGCUACUAGUGCUACUACUCCAACUGCAACUAGAACUAGAACAAGAACAAACUCGGGAGUUGCGGAAUCAUCGGACUCAAGAGGGAAACGACCAAUGGAGGAGGGUUAGACUAAUUUUGUUCUUUAUGGUGUCAUUGGGGUCAAUCAUGAUUUUGUUAUUCAUUUUGUAAAAUAUGAGUUGGUGAUAUGAUUAAGCAAGCAGUUAGAAUGUAAAUAUUAAGAGGGUUAGGAUAACUGGAUAAGGAUAGGUUGAAUUGAAAUAUUCAUAUCUUAUUCUUUUAUAUAUAUUAAAAUGAGGAAAUUAGUUUA